CAUAGUGGCUGCUGUGCCUGUUAUCGACUACUAUUUAAAAUUUUGCGCAUAUUUGAUAUUCAUUGGAGUUCAUUUCAUUGCCACUAACAAACAUUUUAGGCGCAGUUUGAACUAGCUUUCAGCUGGUAUUGUAAAUUAUAUUUAUGCCGUGGUUAGUCGACAGCUGCGGCUCUAACCGUACGAGGUUCGAUAACGCUAAGUGAAUCCAGGCCUUUAAACAGAAUAUACAUGUUUGAUUCAGGGGUGGCAAACUUUUCUGAUAUAGUCUAAUCAAUUAGUGCUCGUAAGAUAACCACACAGUGAGUGAAGAACCGACAGCCAGGCACUUUUUUUCGUUAGGCACGAUGUCAUCGAGCCCAUUUCGUCUUCGAGGAUUAUCAGAUACUUUUCUGUCCAAAGCGGAUAUGGUGUUCGCUGGUCUUGGUUUACUCGAGAAGCAACACGAUGACUGGGCCAAAUCUCAUGCAAAGAAGGGUCAGCCUUCUCCUCAACAAGAAGAACCAGAUACUUUACGGAACAGUGAAUUUUUAAUUCCAUACUCUCGAACCCAACUUGACAGGCGGAACCAGAACGGCGACUUACGAAAAAGACUUUACAAAAGCUCAAAUCAACAGCUCUACAGUUCCAGAGAUCAUCAGUUUCUACACCCGCGAGAUCUGCCAUGCUCUAGUCGUUCGUCGAAAGUCCCAGAUCAUAGACUCCAUCCGGAACGAUGGACCAAAUACAGCCUCGACUCGGUUUCGGAUAACGACCUCUCGGACCGUGGCAAUGCAGCAGCUGCUAUGAAUUUUCUUCAAAAACAAGCUACUGCUUACAACAAAGACAACAGCCAAUUACAAACCUCGGAAGGAAGACAUACAUGCGGGUCUUUUAAUUCUAGUGACCUCCGUGCUCACUUUUCGCCUGGGUCUAUUAACUUCAGCAAACGAUCCCGUCGAAUAGAGGUAGAUCAAUCAAACGAAGACGCGCGACAACCAAAACCUCUACCCAAAGUUCUUACGCAUGAGAGUCCGCUAUCAGCCGCUCCUCGUCGAAUCGUGCCAGAGCACGUGGUUGGUUCUAGAAGCAGUCCACGCGCCAUCAUGAAAAAACGUAGCAUUGUGGGUCCAAAAACCGGAGACGGGGAUCGCAUCAAACUUAGCCAUUUAGUCCACAACGAGGACAGCGACCUCGAUCAUCACAUGCACGUAAACCAAACUAGAGCGGAUUCUACUGCUACCAGUAACGUUCCGGACAUUGGUUUCGAUGUCACUUCAUCACGUUCUUCUAGUGCGAACAAAGGCGAGAAGGCAAAACAGAUGAGUGCGUCGAAUAAUGAAUCCGGUAUCAACAUUAGUAAAGAGAUUGACGACCCCGAAGCAAGACUGACUAAUUCGCCCCCUACGGUAGUGAAGCGUCGCAGAUUUCGGGGAGACACAAGAACACGUAACAUGGAUGAGGAUGAUGACUAGCACUCAAGCAAAACAUUGUGUAAUAGCCUCACGACACAGUUUCACCUAAGAAAAAGGUUCUUAUUGGCGACUGUUACAAGCAUAAUACCUUGAGAAAAGUAUUCUAAUAUUUUAUCAUUAGUGUAUUCAUCAUCAGUUGAUAAUGUUUAAUACCUCUGCUUUUAAAGAAUAUUUUUGAAGUGCGCACCUGUGACUAUGACUCAGGUGAUGACUGAUAGUGGCAAAGCAUUACUAUAAGCAAGAAGUGCUAGGCUAUACCGUAGAUGAAAAAUAAAUGUUUCCAAAGAACAAUUUUGUUGUCUACAACAAAAUAUACACAAAACACAAAAAUUAUUUCCGAAGUUUACUAUUAGGUUUAGCCUAUUGAAACCUACUUUUCGAAGGUGCGCUAGAUUGAAGCAGACCGAUUGCAAAAAAAUCAUAUGAAAUAUUUCACUUGAAUGUCAAUUAUUUCACUUAAUUUAAAAAUAACACUUUCACUCAAUUAACGUGGCCUACCAGUACGAUAGCCCUCUCUAAAACUUAUAAGUCAAUAGCUCAAUUUAUUCAAUGGCAAACCUGUACUGCGAAAGGUAACGGUUUGUAACAUAAACCGGUAUAGCUUCUACAGAACUCAUAAAGGAUCUUGCAAUGGAACUGCCUUGGUUCAUUGCCACAAAGGCGCAUAUACAAGAUUGCAGGAUCAAUUUAUCUGUCCCAUAAAUGCACGUCCUAUAAUGGAGUAAAGAUACAUUAAGUAAAUACCUAACCUAUUUGAGUAUUUCGUCCGCCAAGAAAUGUUUGCUUGUCAGUUUAACGAUGACCACUCUGUGAACCUAAGGUGAUAAGAAAAUUGAGAAACAUAAAAGCUUGCUGAUGGUACGACACAAAACUUACCGGAACCUAAGUCCAUUGACUCUGGUUCGGGUGCUGCUUGGGAGGUGCCACCCCUAUUGACGAGCAAUAUAUCCCCUUCGGAAACGCCCUGCUC